ACCACACCCAAAAACCCUCACGAAGACAUCGUGUUGACGAUAAUAAUAGACUCACAACAACACUCUUUCUCUCUCUAGAAAACGGGUUCUCUUUCUCUCUCUUUUAAAAACUCGCACAAAAAAAAAAUGGAGUCUUCUUUGGCUUUCAUGGAUGACCUUCUGGAUUUCUCUUCCGACAUCGGUGGGGAAGACGAGGAAGACGACGCCGUUCCACCCUUUUCCGUUAAGCCCAAGGCGGCGGCAGUGACUGACUCCUCGGAGUUCAACGCCGGUUUCCACCCGGAAGAUUCCUCCUCUUGCCGUGUUUUGCCUGAGGAUUACGCUGAGGAAGAACUCGAGUGGCUAUCAAACGAAGAUGUAUUUCCCGCCGUUGAGACGUUCGUCGAUAUUCUCUCCGACCACCACCACCCGCAGCCGCCGUCGUUAAUGAGCGUUUCCAAACAAAACAGUCCGGUUUCGGUUCUCGAAACCACUUCAAUCAGUAGCCACGGCGGAAAUAAACCGAGUGCCCAUGGUAGCAUUCUGAUGAGUUGCUGCGACGGCCUGAAAGUUCCCGGCAAGGCACGGAGCAAACGCCGUCGUGGCCGUCACAUUUCCGGCCACCAUCUCUGGUUCAAACAACAACCCAGUUCAAGAAAUGUGAAACAAAUACUACCCAUCACCAUCGCUACCGCUACCACCGCGGCGGCGGUGACGACGGCGAAGACACCGAUUGGGAGAAAAUGCCUACAUUGUGGAGCGGAAAAAACGCCGCAGUGGCGGGCUGGUCCAUAUGGGCCGAAAACGCUCUGUAAUGCUUGUGGAGUUAGAUACAAAUCAGGGCGGCUGGUGCCGGAAUACCGCCCGGCGAGUAGUCCGACGUUCUCGCCAGAGCUGCACUCGAAUUCUCACCGGAAAGUGAUGGAAAUGAGGAGACAGAAGCAGUUUGGUAUGGUGGUGAAUCCAAUGGAUAAAGGGUAAGUUUAAAUUUUGGGGAUUUCUCUUUUUGGUUGAGUUUAAUGAGCCAUUUGGUUCCGUUCUUCAUUAAUCUUCUUCUUUUUCUUAAUUUUAGCUUAGUUUUUAGGCAUUUGUUUGUUAUGUGGGAUAGAGAUUUAAAAUUAGUGGAAAAUUUCUCUGUUUGAUGCUGAAAAUUCAUUAUAGAGCUCUUUUAAUGCAUAGAAA